UCGCAUCCGUGAUGCUCCAUGGGAACGAUCGCGCACAUGUAGUCGUAACCAGACGCAAUGUAACAUGACACCACACUUUGUCCUGGUGAUGAUUGAAAGCCUACGGUGAAAACGUGUUUACGUAGGGAGGACUGCGGGGACGGUGCGAACUAUCGCAAACAGAACCAUCGACGCAGAGUCAUACAUGACUUUCCAUGUUCAAUUCCAGUACCUCGAUACGUCGGAUGUAUAUUCAGUAUUCUUUCGCGAAAAGAAAACCAUGAUGUAUCUUACCGUGUGUUCGUGGUUGUAUGACCACGAGAGGGGCACGCAAUUGGCUCCCGUCUAACAUCCCCGAAGGAGGCUGGUUACAGACGAAAAAGACGGACAAAAGCAUUGAUUUAUAAUCAACAUUACUGAGGAGGGACUAACUAAGAAUAGGGUGUUAAAUGCUUCACUUUAAUACCCCAUUAAAUAGCAUUGUAAUAUGGUUUUAAAAGGCUGUUAAUAUAAUCUAGACAUAACAUAAAGUCUUAAAUAAGUGUUGAUAGCUGAUCCUAGAGUGGGCCCGCCCUUGUAAUGACAUCAGUAAAAGGAAAAGGCGGGCUACCUCACGUAACGCAAAAAAAAAAAAAAAACCCCCCAAUCCACGAUAAACCAUCUCAACAACACUGUACUGCAUAAUGACUGACUGCUGCCUGCGAGCUGGCAGGCAGAGAUAAAAGGGUGAUUUUUUUUCAAACUAGCAAAAGUUCCCUCCCCCACACCAGCGCCCACUAAAUAGCGGACCACACAAAGAACCCUGCUGACCUCAUACUUGCUUGCUUGAACGUCAAAUCCACACAAACACCACUCUCUCCCCCACCGAAGUAUCAAUGGCGGACUCACGGAAAGUCGGCGUUCUGGGCGGAGGGCAGCUUGGCCGCAUGCUCAUUGAAGCUGCCAAUCGCCUGAAUAUACAAGUCAACGUAUUGGAUGUCGCAGCAUCACCAGCAAAGCAAAUCUCAGCACACGACGGUCACAUCCAAGGUUCCUUCAAAGAUGCAGCAUCCGUCAAGAAAUUAGCACAAUCCUCUGAUGUCGUCACCGUGGAAAUCGAGCACGUGGACACACACAUGUUGGAAGAGGUGGCAGACCAGGUUACCGUCGAACCAAGCUGGAAGACGCUCCGGAUGAUCAAGGACAAGUAUGCACAGAAGCUCUAUCUGAAAGAGCACGGAGUGGAUGUGGCAGAGAGCCUGGACUUGGAAGGCAAAGGUGUGCAAGCGCUAAAAGAGGUGGGUUCUUCGUUCGGCUACCCGUAUAUGCUCAAGAGCAAGACGGAGGCGUAUGAUGGAAAAGGUAACUAUGUGGUCAAGAGCGAGAACGAUGUGGAUGCCGCGUUCGAGGCAUUGGGUAAACGACCACUGUACGCAGAGCGCUGGGCAGAUUUCCGGAUGGAGCUCGCGGUCAUGGUUGUCAAAACCAAGGACGGCGUUCUUACAUUCCCUACCGUUGAGACGGUUCACGAGGAUUCCAUCUGCAAACUCACCUACGCACCUCCUCGAAAUGUAUCUAGAGCCAUCACCGAGAAAGCCCAGGAUCUAGCCAAGAAAGCCAUCGGAGCCUUCGAAGGCAAAGGCGUUUUCGGUGUGGAGAUGUUCCUCCUCAAAGACGACAAGCUCCUCAUUAAUGAAAUCGCCCCCCGACCUCACAACUCAGGCCACUACACCAUCGAGGCUUGUCCCCUCUCGCAAUACGAUGCUCAUCUCCGCGCUAUUCUUGACAUUCCCAUACCCGCGUCGGCACUCCGUCUCCGCGAGCCUUCCAUCAUGCUCAAUAUCCUAGGCGGUCAGUCUCCAGACUCACAUAUUCAAAUCGCAAACCGCGCCCUCACUCUACCCAAUGCUUCCAUCCAUCUCUACGGCAAAGGAGACGCCCGUCCCGGACGCAAAAUGGGGCACAUCACCAUCACAGCACCUACGCUCGCCGAGGCCGAAGCCGAAAUCCAACCUCUCGUCGCCUUCGUCGACGAACUCAAGGGUAAGCCCAACAGCACCGCCUCCGCCUCUCAAAUUCAAGCCGCUACGGAAGACCCCCUCGUCGCCAUCAUCAUGGGAUCCGACUCCGAUCUUCCCGUACUCAAAGCCGGCCUCGAACUGCUGCAGACUCUCGGCAUCCCAUUCACCACACGCAUCACCUCGGCGCACCGCACGCCCGACUGGCUACGAGAAUUCUCCAAGGCGGCAGAGUCCACCAGUGUGCGCGUCAUCGUCGGUGCUGCUGGUGGUGCCGCGCACCUCCCCGGUAUGUGCGCUUCGUGGACUACGCUCCCCGUCGUUGGUCUCCCCAUCAAAGCCACGCACCUCGAUGGAGUGGACAGCCUGUUGAGUAUGACGCAGAUGCCCCGCGGUGAGCCCGUAGCUACCGUCGGUAUCAACAACUCGACGAAUGCGGUGUUAUUGGCUGUGCGGAUCCUGGGCGCAACGGAUUUGGACAUCCGAAAUCGAUUGAGGGCGUGGAUGGAGGGGAAUGAGAAGGAGGUUUUGAGAAAAGAUCAGAAGCUCUUGGAGCAAGGGUUCCAGGCUUACUUGAAGGGCAUGGGGAAAUAG